AUGAGUGAUACCAAGCCACAUCUAGACUUGAGCCUCUACCUUGUGACAGACUCGACCCCUGACAUACUCGGGGACAAGGACCUUUGUCAUGUGGUCGAAGAAGCCAUCAAGGGUGGUGUUACUGUGGUACAAUACCGUGACAAACAUGCCGAUACUGGUCAAUUGAUUACCACCGCCAAAAGGUUACAUGUCAUCACAAAACGAUAUGGUGUCCCUCUGCUGAUCAACGAUCGAUUGGACGUAUGCCUUGCCGCUGGCACAGAGGGAGUACAUAUUGGACAGGAGGAUGUCAAGAUAGAAGAUGCAAAGCGUGCUCUUCCUGCCAAUGCUAUUAUCGGCAUGACCGCAUCCUCAGUUGACGAAGCAGAGGCCGCCAUUAAUGGAGGUGCUGAUUACCUAGGAAUAGGCACCAUGUUCGCCACGCCUACGAAAAAGGAUACCAAGUCUAUAAUCGGUACAAGAGGAACACAGGAGAUCUUGUCCCGCUGCCAGACAGGAACUCAACACUCUGUGGGAUGUGUUGCCAUCGGUAGUAUCAAUGCCACUAACGUACAACGUGUACUGCAUCAAUCGACAGCAAGAGGUAACAGACUAAACGGCGUCGCAGUAGUCAGCGCCAUCGUAGCGGCCUCCAAUCCCAAAGAUGCAGCGACAGAGCUUGCUAAGCUUGUUAAGAGUGCAUAUGACACGUUCUAUGUAAGCACUCCCCCCAAUGUGCAGGCUGCCACGACCACAGACACAAUACUACGUCAAAUACCGGCAAUCAUCGAAAAGCAUGUGGCUUCAAGUGUGUUGUCUCACAACAUGACGAAUACGGUAGUCCAAAACUUUGCGGCCAACGUGUGCUUAGCCACGGGAGCAUCACCUAUAAUGUCCACGAACGGUGCGGAAGCACCUGAUUUGGCCAAGCUGGGUGGUGGCCUUGUUAUCAACAUGGGAACUAUCACGCCUGAUAUUAUGAAUGCAUAUCAAGCUGGCGUUCGAGCAUACAACGCAGUCGGAAAUCCUGUCCUCCUGGAUCCUGUGGGCGGAGGAGCCACGAUGGUACGACGAACAGCAAUUCAAACUCUGCUCAGAGCAGGUUUCUAUGAUGUGAUAAAAGGAAACGAAGGUGAGAUUGGAGCAGUACUGGGAACUUCUGCCACGCAGCAAAGAGGAGUUGACUCAGGACCUUCCACAUCAGAUGUCCAGGCAAAGGCGACUAUGGUCAAGUUGUUGGCACAACGAGAGAGGUGUAUUGUGCUAAUGACAGGUGCCACUGACUUCCUGUCCGAUGGUGAACGUACUUUGGCCAUUUCCAACGGAAGCAGUCUUCUAGGUAAAGUGACAGGCAGUGGGUGUGCACUCGGAAGUGUGAUUGUGAGCUAUUUGGCAUUACAAAAGGGUACUGACAAAUUAGUUGCAGCACUUGCUGGUAUCUUGCAUUAUGAACUUGCAGCGGAGAGAGCGGCAAAACAGAGCUCAUGUAGAGGUCCAGGCUCUUUUAUACCUACCUUUCUUGACGAAUUGUAUUUGCUUGGACAGGAUGUGAAGAAUUUGGAUCUACUCGCAAAUGCAGAGGUGGAGCUGGUGUGA